UUAUCUACGCUCCUCCCUCCGAGGAUGUAGUGGGAUGUUUGACCAGUAAGGUUCUAGAUGUGCAAAAGUAAUUUAUCCAGUCUGCUCUGACAUAGCAUCAUUCAUUGGCACUAUACUGUGCUGUCUCUAUAAUAACCGUAAUAAUUAGAUUAUACACCUUGACGCACAUCACACCGUCCGACACCGUGUAACUGUUACCUUCUGUUGACAUUAGAUCGCCAAACUCUACGCCUGUGUAGCAGUGUUCUUGACAACUGCUCCCUGUCUUCGACACCCAGAUUUAACGCCAAGCGCCUGCAGCAUGGCGAGGGUAAGCUACCUCAGAUCGUAUUCCCUGCUACAAGUAGUAUGGGGGGCAGCCCUUCUGGCCCUAGUCCUGGCUUUCCCAAACUCUGGGGACGAGGAUGGCAGUCGGCAGUCAGAGAAUAGUGGUGGCAUAUCCUUCGAGUAUCAUCGUUACAACGAGAUGAGAGAAGCGCUUGUCUCGGUGUGGCUCCAAUGCCCAUCUAUCAGCCGGAUCUACACUGUGGGACCAAGCUUCGAGGGCCGGGAAUUGUUUGUGCUCGAGAUGUCUGACAACCCCGGGCAACAUGAAGCCGGUGAGCCAGAAUUCAAAUACAUUGCAAAUAUGCAUGGCAAUGAGGCAGUUGGUCGAGAACUCCUUAUUUUUUUGGCCCAGUAUCUGUGUAACGAAUAUCAGAAGGGAAAUGAAACCAUUGUCAAUCUCAUCCAUGAUGCACGCAUCCAUAUUAUGCCAUCAAUGAAUCCAGAUGGGUUUGAGAAAGCUGCUUCCCAGCCAGGAGAUUUGAAAGACUGGUUUGUUGGACGAAGCAAUGCCCAAGGAACUGACCUAAAUCGAAACUUCCCCGACUUGGAUAGGAUAGUGUAUGUCAAUGAGCGUGAAGGAGGUCCUAAUAAUCAUCUUUUGAAAAACAUGAAGAAAGCUGUGGACCAGAACUCUAAGCUCGCACCUGAAACUAAAGCAGUGAUUCAUUGGAUCAUGGAAAUUCCAUUUGUGCUCUCAGCAAAUCUUCAUGGAGGAGACAUCGUUGCUAACUACCCGUAUGAUGAAACACGCAGUGGUGUCACCCAUGAGUACAGUGCAAGUCCUGAUGAUUCUGUAUUCCAAAGUCUGGCACAUUCCUACUCUGCUUUCAAUCCAGUCAUGUCUAACCCAAACCGACCCCCAUGUCGCAAGAAUGACGACGACAGCAGCUUUGUAGAUGGAACAACUAAUGGCGGUGCUUGGUAUAGUGUCCCAGGAGGUAUGCAGGACUUCAACUAUCUGAGCAGUAACUGUUUUGAAAUUACAGUGGAACUUAGCUGUGAGAAGUUUCCACCUGAAGAUACCUUGAAGAACUACUGGCUGGACAAUAAGGACUCUCUGAUUAACUACAUACAACAGGUGCAUCGAGGAAUCAAAGGAUUUGUUCGAGAUCAUCAUGGAAAUCCAAUUGAUAAUGCUACCAUAUCAGUGGAUGGAAUCGAUCAUGAUAUUACAUCAGCUAAGGAUGGUGAUUACUGGCGUUUGCUAGUACCUGGAAAUUAUAAAGUUAUAGCAUCUGCACCAGGUUAUAUAGCCUCAUCCAGAAAAGUGGCAGUUCCUUACAGCCCCGCAGUCAGGGUUGACUUUGAACUUGAAUCUUUGUCUGAGAGAAAAGAAGAAGAGAAAGAAGAACUGAUGGACUGGUGGAAAAUGAUGUCCGAAACACUCAACUUUUAAAAGGAGGGGAUCUUGUGUUGCUGUUAGUCAUACUCAGUUUAGUUUUGUAGUAAGGGUGUGUGUGUGUGUGUGUGUGUGUGUGUGUGUGUGUGUGUGUGUGUGUGUGUGUGUGUGUGUGUGUGUGUGUGUGUGUGCGUGUGUGUGUUAGGUUACUGUGCUUCAAACAUGCUGAAAGUUUUUUUUUUAUUCCCUUUAAAACUACUCAAGCCAGCAAGAUAGAAAGAAAGAUCCCAAUGUUGGCAACCCUACGUUUCCGAAAUCAACUAAAUGCUGAGCAGGCAGACCUUAUACAAAUGGUGGUCUAAUGAAUUUGCAUUUAUGAUGACAUUUUUGGAUGUUGUCACACUAGCAUCAUUCCAUGCUCAUCUAUGGUCAAGAGUAUGUUUUCAUCUGUAUUUGUAUUUUUCAAUUCAUCUGUACUGUAUCACAGUUAAGUUUUGGUAUAUUUUAUGCUGUAUUAAAAUGAACCACAUUAAUUAGAACACAUUGGAGUAACAGGAAAUUGAAUGUGGAAUGAUAGUCUGUCACACUUUUGUUAUCAAGUAACAAUAUGAACUGUAUCAUACAUACUUCAUGUAGAUGUUUGUCAUUUUAUCAGAUUUCAUGCCACAUUUUUUCCUAAUGUGCAACAGUUACACAUAUCUAAAAUAAAAACACCCAAGUCCUCA